GGGGUCGUUAGUUUUCUGCGAGCCUCCAUUGCGCUCUGGUCGAUUUGACACGUUCGGUUAACCCCAGAGAGCCGUGAGACGCCGAGCCCAGUGCCUUCCUUACCUCUGCGGUUCUAUCCCAGUUUUGCGAGCAUAUCCCGAUAAAUACCAAAGCGGAAUAAUGGCGGACGACGGUCACGAGAACGGAACGGCGAACGGUGACGUCCCGGAGAUAGAAUUGAUCAUAAAGGCCUCGACUAUCGAUGGCCGCAGAAAAGGCGCGUGCCUCUUUUGCCAAGAGUACUUUAUGGAUUUGUACCUGCUGGCGGAGCUCAAGACAAUAUCCCUGAAAGUGACAACCGUCGAUAUGCAAAAACCUCCACCGGACUUCCGCACAAAUUUCCAAGCCACGCCGCCACCGAUCCUGAUCGACAACGGGGAUGCGAUUUUGGAAAAUGAAAAGAUCGAACGACACAUCAUGAAGAACGUACCGGGUGGUCACAACCUUUUCGUACAGGACAAGGAAGUCGCCACGCUGGUCGAAAACCUCUUCAGCAAACUGAAGCUGAUGCUGCUCAACGCCAAGGACAAGGACAAGGACCCGAAGUACUCGUCGCUAAUGUCGCAUUUGCGUAAAAUCGACGAGCAUCUCGGGCGCAAGGGAACGCGUUUCCUAACCGGCGAUACGAUGUGCUGUUUCGAUUGCGAAUUGAUGCCACGUUUGCAGCACAUCAGGGUCGCCGGGAAGUAUUUCGCCGACUUUGAGAUACCCGAAACCCUCGUACACCUAUGGAGAUACAUGCAUCACAUGUACAGGCUCGACGCCUUCCUGCAAAGCUGUCCUGCGGAUCAGGACAUCAUCAACCACUAUAAGCUCCAGCAGAGCAUGAAAAUGAAGAAACACGAAGAGCUGGAGACUCCGACGUUUACAACGAGCAUCCCGAUCGAGGUUAACGACGAUUAGAGGGCUGGAUUUAUCAGAACUGAAAUCAAGAACCUCAUCAUCCCAAUUUAUUCAUAAUCGGCGUCGACGUCGGAUCGAGAAUAACUUCCUUGGCGGAUAAAGUUACGUGUAACGAGUUUAAUAUACACACGGAAGUUCUCGAUCUCCUGUAAUAAUAGCUUAACUAAGCUAAGCGGUAAAGCGCAGCAAUCGCUUUCGGCGUAAUUUCCUAAAUUUCUUCAUACUAUCACGCGAUUUGCUCGCCUGCGCCUAAAUUUUUUUAUAGACAUUUCCCUACCUACAGAGAAUUAUUUUGAUACAAUAUACCGUAUUUUGUAAUACUUGUCGGUAGAUUUUGCAGUUUCCUAAAGUGUGUAAAGAAAAAAAAUUAUAUUAAACAGUCGACGCCAUUACUAGAGCCGAUACGUAAUGCUAAGUAUCGAUUAUUAAUAUUAUUAUUAUUAUUAUUGUCAUCAUUAUUGUAAAGAUGUAUGAAAAAAUUUUCGCUCCAAAUUUGACUCGACGAGGUAUUAAAUUAUAACCUGUAACGGCAACACCCUGUUUUCCGAGUUUGAGAAUCGAGAGUUGUGUUUUUUCUUGUAUACGAAUCGUAUAACGAUUUGUAGAUUGCAUCAAAAUUAUUAAAAGUGGUAAAAUCACCCAUUUGUUUCUUUUCUUCUCUACUUUCAAACUCAAAUCUACGUAGAUUUUUUAAACACCGUUCAUUUCGCUGUAAAGAAUUUAUCUCUGUUUCCACCGUUCUGAUACAAUCAAAGAAGCUAUAUUCGUUCAACCUGAUACGUGUUGACGGAUAUUGACUUUCAUUUCACAUUUUAGUAAAAUAAAUAAAUAAACCAACACCUGCCAUCUACGGGAUACUGGUUUCUAUCGGAGAUAUUAAUGGCAAAUGAUGAAAAAUAAAAUUGAACGUAAUUUUGUUUUUCUUUUGUAUCACUCUCUGGCUUUGAAGUUACUUACUAGUUGUUAGAUUAACGACUUAUACUUUGUCAUUUUUACUUACCGUUACAUUAAAAUUUCGGUAAUGGAAACAAGGCUGUACAUAAAGCACUAUAUGCUUCGUUAUUGUUAUAUCAGCAUAAUUAACAUUAUAUAUUAUCAUCUUAUGAUAAAAUGUUAAGUAUUAAAGAGAGGAAUGAAAAAUGAUUUGAAAAAAAAAGAAAUUAACAAUGAUCGUAUUAUAGUAGGAACUUUUUUGCGCCUUUAGUUUUUAGCGGCUUUCGCCCAAACGGCUUGAUAUCGCUAAUCUAUAUUAUAUACACUAUAGACGUAUCUUUACUUACGGAAUCAUACGCGGAUUUGUCCCAAGUAUUUCUGUUUUUUUUUUUUCGCAGCACAUGAAUUUGUGGCUAACGUACUAUUUUAUCUGUAAGAUUAAUUUCGCGGGCUCACACAUUGUAGGUAUAUCAUACCUGUUGAUCGCAUUGACAUUCAGUGGUAUUAUGUUUUGAUGAAUCAUUCUAUUUUCAAUAUCGAUCGUUAUUUUUACAUACACCGAAUCAUGACAACGCAUGACUGUUAAGAAAAGUAUUUCUAUCCAAAACCCUCAUUAAAUUUCCAUUAUCUGUAAACCAGAUUAUAACUAUAAAUUAUGAAUAAAUGAAAUAUUAUGAAACUGUA